CCAAGACUCAUCUUCAGCUUUACCAACACGCCAAAAGAGCCUCGGGGGGGAAAGAGGAUAAAAGACAGACCUUUCCCAUACGAUAGAGGUAACAAUGGUCUGCGCAAGAUGCCAAAAGAAACUCAAACAAACCGAGUUAGCCACUCCGGGAGUCAAACGCAAAAGUGAGAUGUACUAUGGCUCACCAUCGUCUUCGCUCGGUGGCGGAGGAGCAGGAGCAGGAGCAGGGGUGGCGAGUAAAAGCAAGCCGACGUUAGGCAAUGCCGGUAUCUCGAAGAAUAAACUUCUCAGCGCCAAAGCUAAGAAUCCAUAUGCGGCGUACUCGUCGUCGUGUGAGAUGUGCAAGACGAAGACCGAGCAGGGCCGUAAGUUCUGUCAACGCUGUGCUUAUCAGAAGAAUGCGUGUCCCAUGUGUGGAAAGAGCUUGACCGGCAAGUCAUCGAAGGACCAGCCUGUGGUGCAGGGACAGAAGUUUAACUUGAAAUGAAUGUCUUGGAUUUUUCCUCAGCUAGUUUUUCUGAUAGAUCGGUGUUGGGUAUUAGUAUGGCACGGCGUUCAGGCGUAUAGUUUACAGAUCCAAAUAUAUCUGGAAUAUCAAGGCUCAAAUUGUGGAUAAAGAAAAAUUUCAAAAGCUAGUUAUACA